AUGGGAAUUCCCACCUAAGUAAAAUCACAUCUCCCUCUCUCUCUCUCUCUCUCUCUCUCUCACUCCCCAGAGACACUUGAAUUGUCCACAACUAUGCUUCACAGUUUAUGGACGCUAUCAAAACACAGAAAAGCGAGCUCAUGUUGUGUUCUGGCAUGUAGCAUACUUGGGUUCUGUACAGAUAACCUUGUCAGAGUCAGAUUGUUUACAGACAUUAAUAAGGAUGACACUUUACAUGCCUUUAUUCAGAUCAUGCACAACCUCAAGAGCACUCUCUCAAAUCCAUGCCCAUCUAUUUGUCACUGGACUCCAAACAGACCCACUUGCUUCUACAAAACUCAUUGAAUCAUAUUCCAACAUGGGCUCCCUUGAAUCUGCUUUCCUUGUCUUCGACAACUUCCCAAAUCCCGAUUCUUUCAUGUGUGGUGUACUCACCAAGUGCUGUGUGUGGAAUGGCUUCUUUGGAGAAGCCAUUUCACUCUACAAUAACAUGCUGUACAACAAUCAAACCCGUAUUACUAGUUUUGUGUUCCCAUCUGUAUUGAGAGCUUGUUCAGCUUUUGGUGAUCUGGUUAUGGGCCAAAAGGUCCAUGGGAGGAUAAUUAAAUGUGGGUUUGAGUCUGAUUCUGUUGUUCAGACCUCAUUGCUUCAUAUGUAUGGUGAAACAGCUGGCUUAGAUGAUGCUCGCAGGGUGUUUGAUGGAAUGUCUGUGAGAGAUGUUGUUUCGUGGAGUUCAAUUGUUCUGAGUUAUGUGCACAAUGGGCAGGGAAGUGAAGGGUUGAAAAUAUUUUGUGACAUGAUCGUGGAAGGUGUAGAACCCGACUCGGUAACCAUGCUUGGUGUGGCUGAGGCUUGUGGUGAAUUGGGUUUUCUCAGACUGGCAAAAUCGGUCCAUGGCUAUGUAGUGAGAAAGGAGAUUGAAAGUAAUGGCUCAUUGGUUAAUUCUCUCAUUGCAAUGUAUGGUAAAUGUGGUGACUUUUAUAGCGCGGAGGAACUCUUUGACAACAUUAUUCACUGGAGUACUUCUUCGUGGACGGCGAUGAUUACAUGCUACAAUCAAAAUGGGCUCUAUCAAGAAGCUUUACACACUUUUAUUGAUAUGCAAGAGUCCAAUGUGGAACCCAAUGCAGUAACCCUGAUGGGUAUUUUAUGUUGUUGUGCUAGGCUAGGCUGGCUCAGAGAAGGAAAGUCGGUUCAUUGUUAUGUUGUUAGAAAAGCCAUAGACACUGGCUAUGAUCUUUUGGGAUCGGCAUUGAUAGAUUUGUAUGCUAAUUGUGCGAAUCUAAAAUAUUGCCAGAAGCUUUUCGAUACAACUCAAGAGAGACAUAUAGUGUCAUGGAAUAUGCUAAUAUCAGGUUAUGCUCGGGAGGGGCUAUCAAAGGAGGCUUUGACUCUGUUUGAGCGAAUGCAAGGUCUAGGAACAUUGCCAGACUCAUUUACUCUGGCAAGUGUUCUCUCAGCAUGUGGAAAUAUCAGCUGUUCCCAAUUCGGACGUCAGAUCCAUGGUCAAGUUAUUAAAACAGGCGUCUUGAAUGAGUUUCUCCAGAAUUCAAUGAUUGACAUGUACUCCAAAUGCGGGUUUUUGGACUCAGCAUACAUGAUAUUUGACGAGGACCAAACAAGAAGUGUAGUAACUUGGAAUUCCAUGAUCUGUGGAUUUUCUCAAAAUGGUAAUUCAUUAGAAGCAAUUAGUCUAUUUGACAGAAUGUAUUCAAAUUGUCUGGAAAUGGAUGAAGUGACUUUCUUGAUUGUAAUCCAAGCCUGCUCAAAUUUAGGAUACUUAGACAAGGGAAAAUGGGUUCAUCAUAAGCUCAUUACCUAUGGUGUAACUAAGGAUACAUAUAUUGAUACAGCUUUGACUGACAUGUAUGCUAAAUGUGGAGACCUUCAUGUGGCCCAGACAGUUUUCGAUAGCAUGGUAGAGAGGAGCGUGGUGUCAUGGAGCACCAUUAUAGCCAGUUAUGGGAUGCACGGACAGAUUGAUACUGCUAUCUCACUUUUCAAUCAAAUGGUGGGGUCAGGAAUAAAACCAAAUGAAGUUACUUUCAUGAAUAUUCUGUCUGCUUGUAGUCACACAGGAUAUGUAGACGAAGGGAAGUCAUAUUUUAGUUCAACGAUGAAGGACUUUGGCAUUGAUCCAAUGCCUGAACAUUUCUCUUGUAUGGUUGACCUUCUGAGCCGAGCUGGUGAUCUCGAUGGAGCAUAUAGAAUCAUCAACAAUAUGCCAUUCCCAGCAGAUGCAAGCAUCUGGGGCACUCUGUUGAAUGGGUGUCGAAUCCAUAGGAGGAUGGACAUGAUUAGAAGUAUUCAAAGACGCAUUUUUGAUAUAGAGACAGAUGAUACAGGGUAUUAUACUCUAUUAUCUAAUAUUUUUGCAGAAGAAGGUGACUGGGAUGGGUUUAGGACGGUAAGAACAAUGAUGAGAAAUAUAGGUCUGAGAAAGGUCCAUGGGUACAGUACAAUUGAGAUUGAUAAGAGAGUUCACAGAUUUGGAGCAAAUGAUAAAUCUCAUUCCUGUGCAAAUGAAAUUUACAGCUGCUUGGAAAAUUUACGAAGUUUUUCAUAGGAAAAAUGUCAUGGUAUCAAGGGAUGUUUCAAUUUGUUCUACUAGCUGCUUCACCAAGGAAUAAGUGUUGCAGUUCAUAGCAAGAUGCUGGGAAUUGUAUGUGGAAAUUCAAAAGCAAUCCUGAAAUCUAACCAUGCACAUCUACAGUCUUUUAAAUUGAUAGGGAUUGCAAUUCUA